UACUACGAAGACAGUCUUAUUUGUUUUCCUAUUAAGGAUGUUUAUCUCUACAAUAGCUGGUUCAGUUGAAGAAUUCAAAAAAAUAUCAGAGAAUAUAUGCCAAUUGUCGAAUGAAGAUAAAAAAAUUUAUUUACAUUGUGUUAAAAAGAAAGUAGCUCUGAUAUUAUCUGAAGAGUUUCAUUCAUUAACGAUUCGUGAAUGCCCUAAUUUUCCUUACGAGUCACGUUAUUUUCACUUACUUAACAUUUCAUGUGAACAUCUUAAUCAGAAGCUUGGAGAUAUUCCAUUUCAAAACAGAUCGUGUAUAGCACAUUUGCAUAUGUUUCGCUAUGCUGGUUUUUCACUCUAUGAGGCUCUCUUCGUUAAAGACUGUUUGAUGGAAGUUAUCGAGAAUUCAGCAAUAACUUUGUCUCUAUCGAAUGUAAAAACUAUAAUUUUAUCGGGAAUUAUAAUCUUAUUUUAUAUGAUGAAAUACUAAAUUCACAUAUUAAACGAUAAUCAUUACAAAUAAAUUCAUGAGUAUAACAA